AUCUCAUUAACAUUACCUGCAGAACCUGCAACAGAUGCAAUCGAUGACCAAAGUCAAACGCACCUACAGCUCGCGCUCGCGGCUGUCACUGCCGUCCUCCUCACCAUCGUCGUCGCCGCCGUCGACAACGAAGCGCAAGCGCUUCGGGGAAGGCGCCGAGAACGAGCCCCCCGCAAAGAAACGGAUAACGAACAAAACCUCGCCUUCGGAGAGGUCUACAAAGUCAAAACAAAGCGUCCUAAGGCAGCUCCAUUUCUCUAUAGAAACCUCGGUCCUACGAACCUGCACAAUUUGUGGCCUCUCAUAUACGCGAGGCGCACCGGACGACGAGUCAUUGCAUCGUGCCCAUUGCUCACGUGUGCAAAGGGGGAUGGAGUGGGGCAGGGAAGAAGAGCGGGAAGCAGGGAAAGUCGGUGUAGAAGAAAUACAAUCUGCAGUGAAGCUGAAAAAUGGAAAGAAAGGUCGCAUCAUCUGUUUCAAGGCGAACGUCGGUGGAAGAAUUGGAUCUAAGCUUGCGAUAUUGCUCGAGACGAUAAAUCUUGCCCUUUCAUCUCCUCCGCUAUCAACCGACAUCCUACAAUCAUCGAAAGCGUACCUCUAUCUGAUACCAUCACUGACCAAUGUACACCGAGAGAAGAUAGUAGGAUGCGUCAUUGCUCAACGAAUAUCUACCGCCAUGACUGUUGCCACUCCUUCAGAAACCUUACUUAAGGGUGAUUCCAAUCAAGCCACUGACCGUGACUUACCCCCUUCAUCGCCGACUCACAGGCUGGUCACAGUCGACACGACCUCGGGGCUCUUUUGCAAUCCAGAGGCCUUGCCUACUCCCCUCGGUAUACCACGUCUGUUUGUCCCAUCGGCACAUCGACGGCAAGGUAUCGCUAGCCGCUUGCUAUCAGCUGCGGCUGCGACAUUCAUCCACGGUUGUCCACUAGACCCUGUCAAUGGCGAUGUCGCGUUUACACAACCGACCGAAGGAGGGCACGCUAUUAUGCAAAACUGGGGCAGAGGAGGUGUAAGAAUAUAUGAGGAGUAACAUGCUGAUCAAAAGGUGUACAGUUUAUGACAUACCCCCGACAACGUUGAGCUCUGAGCAAGCGGCGAAAACUAUGCAAGAUUGGGAUUGCAGGGCACUGUCAUAGACACACAACAACAGAAACUACUGUCACUUUGAAUAC